AUGCAUAUCCCCACUGUACUCACCCUCUUCCUCAGCGCCCUCCCCGCCCUCUCCUCCCCCCUCAAAAAACGCGUCUCCCGCACCACCGCACCAGCCGGCUGCCUCACCAUCGGCGCCAGCAACGCAUCGCACAGCACGCUGAGCUCCGCGCUGAACGCACUAGGCGCCAGCGGCGGCGCCGCAUGCAUCUUCAUGCACGCGGGCACCUACACGGAACAAGUCACGCUGAACUACAGCGGCGGGCUCACCAUCUACGGCGAGACAACCGACAGCAGCACGUACGCACAAAACACCGUCACAAUCACGCACACAAUCUCGAGCCCCGACGCCGGCGGCCUCGACAAGAGCUCCACCGUCAACAUCGUCGCUGACGGCGUCGCGCUCUACAAUAUCAACAUCAGCAACGGCUACGGCAAAGGCGCGCAAGCCGUCGCUCUCACGGCCAACGCUGACCGCCUCGGCUUCUACGCCUGCGCUUUCUCGGGGUACCAGGACACGCUGUACGCCAAGCACGGCACGCAGUACUACAGCAACUCGCACAUCGUCGGCGCGAAAGACUACGUCUUCGGCGCAGCGGCGGCCUGGUUCGGCGAGUGCGUGCUCGAGAGCAUUGGGCAAGGCACCAUCACUGCCUCGUCCCGAGAAGCCGAUUCCCCGGAAAACACGUGGUAUGUUUUCGACCACAGCACGGUGACGGGCGCGAGUGACCUCGAUGGAAAGGUCUAUCUUGGACGCCCUUGGCGCGUGCUUGCGCGCGUGGCGUUCCAGAAUUCAAAGCUGGGUGCUGUGGUUAAUAAAGCGGGGUGGAAACCCAUGGCUGAGGGUGCGACGCCCGCGUUUUAUGAGUUUAAUAAUGAAGGCGCGGGCGCGGAUACGGGUGAGAGGGAGUAUUUGAGCGAGUUGGCGGCGGCGGUGGACAGGGAGACGGUGCUGGGGAGUGAUGCGCUGAGCUGGAUCGAUACGAGCUACUAG